AUGUCGCAGAACAUCCGCUCCGCUGAGACUUUCUCGAACGCCGAGAUUACUCGCGUCGCUGGAGGCCACAAGGCUAACCUCUCCAACGCAAAGACCAGCGAGGAGAGCAAGCAGCAUUCCCGCGCUCAACUUGAUGAGAUUGAAUCGUCCGGACGACUCGAUACGGCAGGCCGUUCAGAGGGCGACAAGAACUUUAGCAACGUCCUUGGCGGCCACAAGGCUACCAUUAGCAACCCCAAGGUCGGUGAGGAAGCCAAAGAGCAUGCCCGCGAGGUCCUUCGCGAGCAUGACGCGCUCGACGAGCAGUAUGCUUGA